UAAGCAGCUGGAACCAGAAGAGUUAAAUUCCUUAAGCUUCCCAUUCUAGACACACCUAUUUUGCACAAGUCUCCUCAACCAGGAAACUGUUUCAUUUGUUCAGAGAAAGUGAAAGUUAAGUGCUGUUGAGCUGAUGUUUGUUUCUCUGUCUGAAUGUACAUGCAGUGAAAUGGCAGAAACCAGUUUUUCUCAGGAUCAGUUCAGCUGUGCAGUGUGUCUGGAUCUCCUGAAGGAUCCAGUGGCCAUUCCCUGUGGACACAGUUACUGUAUGAGCUGUAUUACAAGCUACUGGGAUCAGGAGGAUCAGAAGGGAGUCAACAGCUGCCCUCAAUGCAGACAGACCUUCACUCCAAGACCUGCUUUAAAUAAAAACACCAUGCUGACUGAAGUGGUGGAGCAACUGAAGAAGACUAAACUCCAGGCUGCUGUUCCUGCUGGACCUGAAGAUGUGGAGUGUGACGUCUGUACUGUGAGAAAAAAUAAAGCUGUCAAGUCCUGUCUGGUGUGUCUGAACUCUUACUGUCAAAAUCACCUCCAACAACAUGAGAAUCUCUUUAAAGGUAAGAGACACAAUCUGACAGAAGCCAUUGGACGACUUCAGGAGAUGAUCUGCCCAAAACAUAAUAAACAACUGGAAAUCUAUUGUCAUACUGACCAGCAAUGCAUUUGUUAUCUGUGCACAAUGGAUAAUCACAAAAACCAUGAUACUGUAGCAGCUGUAGCAGAGAGGACAAAGAAACAGGUGGUUUUGGAAGAGAGAAAGAGAAAAUUCCAGCAGAGAAUCCAGCAGAGGCAGAAAGAUCUUGAGGAGCUGAGAGAGGCUGUGGAGUCUCAUGAGCGCUCUGCACAGACAGCAGUAGAGGACAGUGAGAGGAUCUUUACUGAGCUCAUCCGCUCCAUUGAGAGAAGCCGCUCUGAGUUGACACAGCGGAUCAGAGAACGGGAAAAGGCUGCAGUUAGUCGAGCUGAAGGACUCAUUGAGCAACUGGAGCAGGAGAUUGAUGAUCUGAGGAGGAAAGACGUUGAGCUGGAGAAGCUUUCGCAAACAGAUGAUCACAUCCAUUUCCUCCAGAAUUUCCAGUCUCUUGCUAUACCUCCUGAAUCUACAGAUAUACCUGAUGUCACUGUCAGCUCUCUCCUCUCUUUUGAUGAUGUGAGAAAGUCUGUCUCUCAACUGAAAGAAAAACUGCAGGAUUUCUGUAGAGAGGAAAUAGACAAGAUUUCUGGCAAAGCAACAUACAUUGAAAUUAUUCCCACCAAUGAACCCAAGAUCAGAGAGGAGUUCUUGCAAUAUUCCAGUCGGUUCACUCUGGAUCCAAACACAGUGAAUAAAAACCUCUGUCUGUCUGAGAGGAACAGAGUGGUUACUUUCACUGACAGAGUCCAGCAGUAUCCUGAUCAUCCAAACCGAUUUUAUAGUUUGUUGCAGGUGUUGUGUAGAGAGAGUUUAUGUGGACGCUGCUACUGGGAGACUGAGUGGAGCGGGAGUCUCGGUGUGGGUAUAUCAGUGUCAUAUAAGAACAUAAGCAGGAAGGGACGGAGAAAUGAGUGUGUGUUUGGAUAUAAUGAUCAAUCCUGGAGACUGUCUUGUUCUCCUUCUAGUUACUCAUUCUGGCACAAUGGCAGUUGUACUGAUUUCCCUGAACUCUUCAGCUGCAGUAGAAUAGGAGUGUAUGUGGAUCACAGUGCAGGAACUCUGUCCUUCUACAGCGUCUCUGACACAAUGAGCCUCAUCCACAGAGUCCAGACCACAUUCACUCAGCCGCUCUAUCCUGGGUUUGGCCUACAAAGCAAAUACUCGCUUUAUUCCU